UAUUUAUUUAUUUUUUUGCCAUACUGCUCCUUUAAUUCGGAGACCACCUGCUCUUGUGGCGUCAGCAUCGUGCAUCAUCCGCAGGAGGCACGAUGGCGAUCGAUACGGCAGCGAAAUGUUCAAAGUGGGAUUUUUUUUAGGAAAAGCUCAGCAUGCACAGGAAGAGAGACGCGGCCACGGAGCUGACUGGCACGACGAGAGACGAGCCAAGGGCCUGGUAACCGUCAAGGUAUUGCCAUGGAACGCCAUCCACUGGAGUACGUCUCAGCCGUGAUGAAUCAUGUUCUCCUGGGCUGACAUCCUUUGACAGUAGCUGCCAUGGCUUUUUGCAACGAAAGCCUGUUGGAGGAGUGCGACCUCAUGGAGCCGAACAACAUGGAGGAACCGUCGGAAAGCCUCCCGUCGGAGGCCGCAACUCCUCUCAUAUCAGUCACUCUACGCGUGACCCUGGCAGCCAUAAUGAUCUUUAUGAUCACUAUCGGUUUUCUCGGCAACGCCAUCGUGUGUCUGAUUGUUUACCAGAAGCCUGCCAUGCGUUCCGCAAUCAAUCUCCUCCUCGCCACGCUGGCUUUCUCUGACAUUAUGCUGUCUCUGCUCUGCAUGCCCUUCACCGCCGUCACCGUGGCCACGGCCGACUGGAGCUUCGGGAGCGGGUUCUGCCGGGCCUCCAUCAUGCUCUACUGGCUGUUUGUCCUGGAGGGCGUGUCCAUCCUCCUCAUAAUCAGCGUGGACCGCUUCCUCAUCAUCGUGCAGCGGCAGGACAAGCUGACCCCGCACAGAGCUAAGCUUCUGAUCGCGGGCUCGUGGGUGCUGAGCCUGUGCGUGUCCCUGCCGUCUGUAGUCGGGUGGAGGACGGGCGCCGCCGGCAUUGGGGGCGCGUGGGCACCGCAGUGCGUCCUGGGAUACAGCGAGUCCCUGGCAGAUCGCGGAUACACGGUGCUGCUGGCCGUGGCCGUGUUCUUCGUGCCCUUCGCCGUCAUGCUGUACUCAUACAUGUGCAUCCUGAACACGGUGCGCCGCAACACCCUGCGCAUCCACAACCACACCAGCGAGCACUCCUGCCUGCCGGCCCUCAACCAAGUUAGCAAAAUGAGACUCACCGGUCUGCAGCGGCCACCCCAGAUCAAGGUGGACAUGAGCUUCAAAACCAGGGCCUUCACCACCAUCCUCAUCCUCUUCGUGGGCUUCUCCGUGUGCUGGCUGCCGCACACGGUGGUCAGCCUGCUGGCCGUGUUCAGCCGACAGUUCUACUACAGCUCCGUCUUCUACCCGAUAAGCAUAGGCGCCCUGUGGCUCAGCUACCUGAAGACGGUCUUCAACCCGGUCAUCUACUGCUGGAGGAUCAGGAAAUUCAGGGAGGCCUGUCAGGAGUUCAUUCCCAAAAGCUGCAGACUGUGUCCCAGGGUGCCAGGCAGGAGCCACAGGAGAGUGAGACCCAGCAACAUUUACGUGUGCAGCGAGACACAGUCGGCUGUGUGACAAGGCUGAGCUACUGUUGACUCUCACCAAGUUAAUAAUUGUUGUCAAUAAGCGUUCGGAUGCUACACUUUAAAGUGCGUCUUCUUGACAGUGUACUAGCACCACAAGGAUGACUGUUCAAUGACAGAAAGGACUUCAUGGGAAACGCCAUUAUUAUUUCUGCUUUUUCCACAAAUAAAUACCAUUCCUGUGAGUCUCGGACUUAUAUUCAUGAUCACCACAGCAUAGCAGCCACUGCCUACACUGUCAGUCCACUUCUGUGUUUAAUAUAUUGUCCCUGAAGUGUUAUCCUGUCGUUUCAGACUCAAUCUUCAGUGUAAAAACUACUAACUUCUAGUGGUGGUGGUGAUUAUUUUUUGUCAGUUUUGUGGUGAGUUCCUCGGGGGAAACGAGCGUGCAGUAUUAUCGUCCGGUGAUGUUUCUAAGAAGAAAGUCCGACAGCUUUAGAGGAAAAAAAAAAACAACACAAAAAAAAAACACGUUUAAUGAAACUUGUGUACAAACCUUUUGUCAUUUUUUUUUUCCUCCAUGCGUGUGUCAACAAAGACGUGGUUCAGUUACUGAGGUGUGAAUGUUUACUUGAAUGCAUUAUGAUUUUCUGAAUGAUGAAACCGGGUAAAUAAAUACGGCUUUGAAAUGA